AUGCAACCAUCGUCUCAACCGUUAGGCAGACCAAAUAUGCCAAUACCACCAUCGACAUUUUUAGCCAAUUCACUUCCAGGUGGUCAGUUGUCAUCGACACAUAAUCAAAAUUUUAAUGGUGCUUCUGCGGUGGCUGCUUUAGCCGCUGUUGUUUCUGCAGCUAUGCAAGCGGUACAGUCGAAAUCCACCGGUGGUGGUGGUAGUAGCGGGACAAAUCUACCCGGAGCAAUUCAACAACAGUCUUUGACUAAUAGUCAGUUACAGCAGCGCAAUUCAUUGAAUGCAAUUACAAAUGCAUUGAGAGCAGCUAAUCCGAAUUGGAAUGCAAUGAUGACAAAUGCACUGAACAGUAAUAAUAAUAACAACAAUAACAGCAAUAAUCGUCUUAAUACUACUAAUAGUAAUAAUAAUAGUAAUAAUAAUAACAAUAAUAAUAAUAGUGGUAGCAACAGUUUCAAUCCCAGAUGUUUACCAUUUCAGUAGAAUGUGGAUGACACAAAAUACGGCCAUGAACAUGAUGAUGAAAUGAUGUAAUGAAGACAGCAAAAAUAUGUAUAUAAUUACUUCAUUAUCAUUAUUAUUAUUAUUGCUGUUUCUUUCUUCAUCUUUCUAUUUUUGUGUAUUUCUGUGAAUUUAACUAAUUUUUCUCUCCCCUUCACUAUUGUUUUAACAUUAAGUUUCUUAUCUCGUAUGUUUCAUAACUGUUUUGCUCGUCUUGUUUUGUCUUUUUUUUCUGUAAUAUAAAAACAGUAUUCAUCGAAGAGACUAUUGCCAACGGACUUAUUAUCAAGUUUUAUAUUGGUAUAUGUAUAUAUUUGUAUGUGUAUAUACAUAAUAUUUUAAGAUAUCCUGUAUCUCGUGAGGAAAUUUGAACAAAGAUAGUAUGAAAUGCAAUCAGUGUGUUUGUGAUUAUAAUCAUAGUUAAAUAUCAAGUGACAAAACAAAUAAUGUGAUGUAUAGAGUAUU